CUCUUUCCACCCUGUUCGCGACCACCCAUCACCUCUCCCGCCAGCGACGUCCCUCCCGCUCCCUGUCCCCCGCCCCCUCGGCCGCCCACAUCUCUUCCCGCUCAAUACACUCCACAACACAUACCGGCGCCCCCUCCACUAAGAUGGCCGAUCUUAACAACUCUGCGUCACUGCAACCUUCAUAUUCAUAUCCUCCGCCUCACCUUGUUCACUACACCACACGCCCCAUGAAGCGACGUGGCAGCGAUCCACAGUUUAUCCCGGCCGAAGCGACUUUCAAUCCGCGCCCAUAUCACCCGGUGAGCUCGCAGCAGUCCCAACCCCGCCAACACUCCCAGGCACCCACUUCGUCCGCAUCGUCAUCCCGCCCCAAUACAUCGAGAAAUCGCGGGAACCUGAACCUCGAUCCCACCCCGGACGACUCUGACGCGCUCUUUAUCCAUCCGCCGUUCGACGACUUCCCCAACGCCGAUAGUUACAAGGAUGGGCUGACCUACAACAUCAUGGCUGACCAUCUGGACUGGUUCCUGGAUGCCAAUGAUUUCAUACAUCCGGAUAACCACAACGAGCGGGCGAUCGGCUAUCCUUCCAAGUUGGAACCGCCCCGCGGGUGGUGCCCGCAGAGGAAGAGCAAGGAAGGCUGGCCCGAGGGUGAAGAGCCACGCUUGCGCUGCACAUUUUGUCGUCGAAGCUAUUCAGGCACAAAUGCCAAAAGCAUGUGGCGGCGACAUGUACUGGAGAAGCACAAAAUCGCAAUGGCAAACCGGCGAGAGAACACAACUGGGAGAGGUGGCCGUGCUGCGAACAAAGAGAACCGUACUGCUAGCGGUAGUGAUAGCAGGCGCACCGAUGAAGGUUCAACGCAGCCCGCCUCUACUACUGAGGCAUCGACUAGCGCUCACGCGCUUGACUCGUCGGACGAUGAGGCGGAGCAACCUGCACACCUCCCGCCUCGAUCCGACGAACCCGACGUGUUUGGUGCUAUCAACACUUCUAGCACGCCGCCUUUGACCCCCGGAGGCCCGUCUCCUUCUCGUUCGACACACAGGAACAAUGGAGGCUUCGAUUCACCGUACGACCCCCUCGCGACUCCUGCCUUCCGGCACUCCCCGCGAGUAUCUCGUCAGCCGUGGCGAUUCCCCAGCCCCAGCCACCCGCUGUACGCGAGCAAAGACAAGGAGCUUCCCCUAGCCAUGCUGGUUCGAGGUUUCACGAGCCCUAUGGUCCACGGCUCAGACAACAGCCCCUUUUUCCCGAUGCCCGGGAGCGAGCACAAGAAGAGGAGCGUGUUCAGCAGUCCGUUUGUCUCGAAAGACACAGACAGGAUCAGCUUCCUGGACGAGUCGCCCGCACGUCUGGUAUUCGAUGGCACGCCUCUGAGUGCGCGCUUAACACGCUCUCCGUUUGAAGCUCGCAGCGCGGACUCGCCCCUUGGCCAGUCUCAACGCGGUAGUCUUCGCGUUUCGUCCUGGACGGAAGCCACCAAGAAAUGGCAAGCCGAAGCGGCCGCGGGCUCCCCUCGCAAGACCACCGCUGAGGGAUCGGGUCUGUUGGCCCCCAUCGAGUUGCAAGGAGACGAUGUCUUUACCGACGGCAUGUACAGUUCUUUCAUCGACUUCAACCCCAAAGGCGAAGGAAGCACCCGUAGCCCCUCGCGCGCGACGGUCGCCGAAAGCCCGGUCGUGCGCACUCAGCCGCAAACAAGCCUUUCCGCCGUCACGAAGGGCAGUUCCGGUCUGAUGAGUUUCGGCUCGGGCCUCAUGGACGCUUUCUUGUCCGGAAAGACCAAGGUCAAAGCGAGGCGAGCCGAGUCGUCUGACGAUGACUCCGACUCAGACAUGAGCGGGCCUAGCCAUGGGUCGCCCAUCCGCGUGGGCAAGAAGACCAGGCGUGCCUUGUCCAGUACCUGGUCUAAGGACGACGACGGGGACACGGAGAUGACGGAUCAUCACCCGAAGAAACGUCGCAGGACCUUCAGCGGACGCGACUAGACUCGCUGUCGCCAUCCAUAGCUGCCUCCUCCGCAUAGACGGCUCCACCCUUUAAAGAUAGACCGGCACGCACCGUCUUGACUCCCCCACGCCUAUCCUCCAUCUCGUCAAUCUCAACGUUGUUU